UGAUGCUGGCGCUGCCCUGCACGAGCUCUGAAAACAGGGGCUCCUGCUGAGUCAUGGCUUGUUGUGGUCCAUUACUGAAGUACAGACACCACGAGAUAGAUUAUAUGUCGGGGACCUACAAGUGAGGCAUUACAGCAUGAAAUAGCCGCUCGUAGUAUUUCCAUAAAGAGAGGAAGGCAUACGUGUAGGAGUGGCUGUCCUACAUCGCAAUGAUUGCUGCGGCUUUUUUGGUCUUAUUGAGACCCUUAAGUGUUCAGUGCGUAUUGCUGCUGUUAUUGCUUUUGGUAGGAACUGUCGCCACGAUCCUGUUUCUCAGCUGCUGGCAUCGGAAGCUCCGUAAUGAGAACAUUCCCAUAAAAUCCGUGCUUACGAGGCGCUCGAGGAGUCGCGAAGCUGGUUUCCGGCCGCAUCAUUUUCGCUCUGAGGUAUGCCGUCACAGCCCACGUCACGCGAGGAGAAGCGCACGCGCGCGCGUCUCUGAAGAGAAGCCGCUCGUCGAGAGCGAGCCGGACUCGAGCCUGAGGAAGCGCAGGGUGAAGAAGAGAGUCCAGCCAGACUUCUAUCACUCCGUGCAGCUCACGCCGACACGCAAACCAAGCUCGGGGUCUGGGAACGCGUCCCUGCGCUGUUCUAUGUCUUCAUCGGCAGAUUUCUCCGAUGAUGAAGAGUACAGUGUGAAAUCUGGGUCGGUGUCGCCGGCACCGGGGGACACGUUACCGUGGAAUUUACCCAGACAUGAGCGCUCGAAGCGGAAGAUCCAGGGAGGAUCCGUGCUGGAUCCCGCCGAGAGAGCGGUGCUCAGAAUCGCAGACGAAAGAGACCGAGUCCAGAAAAAGACUUUCACAAAAUGGAUAAAUCAGCACCUCUUAAAGGUCCGAAAGCAUGUUAAUGACCUGUAUGAGGAUUUGCGAGAUGGACAUAACCUGAUCUCCUUGCUGGAGGUGCUGUCUGGUGACACGCUGCCGCGGGAGAAGGGCCGCAUGCGCUUUCACAGACUCCAGAAUGUACAGAUUGCACUGGACUACUUAAAAAGACGGCAGGUGAAGCUGGUGAACAUCAGGAACGACGACAUAACGGACGGAAACCCAAAACUGACAUUGGGAUUAAUAUGGACCAUAAUUCUGCACUUUCAGAUCUCGGACAUCCACGUGACAGGAGAGUCCGAGGACAUGACAGCCAAGGAGAGACUUCUGCUGUGGUCCCAGCAGAUGACCGAAGGCUAUGUAGGCGUCCGCUGCGACAACUUCACUACCUCGUGGAGGGAUGGAAGACUGUUCAAUGCUAUUAUCCAUAAGUACAGGCCUGACCUGGUUGAUAUGAGCAGAGUAUCAACACAAAGUAGCAGAUCCAACCUAGAGCAAGCAUUUGGUGUGGCCGAGCAGCUUGGUGUGGCCCGACUGCUGGACCCAGAAGAUGUGGAUGUGUCAUCUCCUGAUGAGAAGUCUGUUAUUACUUACGUAUCAACGUUAUACGACGUCUUCCCAAAAGUACCAGAGGGUAUGGAGGGCAUCAGUGCAAAUGAUGUGGACAUUAAAUGGGUUGAAUAUCAGAACAUGGUGAAGUACCUGAGCCAGUGGAUCAAACACAAUGUGACUGUUAUGUCAGACAGAAAUUUCCCCAGCAAUCCUGUGGAACUUAAGGCACUUUAUACGCAGUAUCUACAGUUUAAAGAGAAUGAAAUACCAACAAAAGAAAAUGAAAAGGCCAAAAUCAAGCAUCUCUACAAAAUGCUAGAGGUGUGGAUGGAGUUCGGUCGCAUCCAGCUCCCUCAAGGGUACCAUCCUAAUGAUGUGGAGAAGGAAUGGGGCAAGCUGAUCGUGGCCAUGCUGGAGAGAGAGAAGAGCCUGAGGCCUGAAGUGGACAGACUUGAAAUGCUGCAGCAAAUUGCAAACAGAGUUCAGCGAGACUGUUUGGCCGGAGAGAACAAAUUAGCAUUAGCACGGACGGCUCUGCAGUUGGAUGCGAAGCGGUUGGAAUCAGGAAUCCAGUUUCAGAAUGAAGCAGAGAUUGCUGGUUACCUUCUGGAGUGUGAGAAUUUAUUGAGGCAGCAAGUGGUGGAUAUUCAGCUUUUACUGGACGGGAAAUUCUACUUGGCUGAUCAGCUCGUUCAAAGGGUAUCUAAGCUCCGUGACGAUCUGCUGGCUUUGAGAACAGAGUGCUCAACAGUUUACAGCAAAGGACGCACUCUGACCUCAGAACAGACCAAGAUGAUGAUCUCUGGCAUCACGCAGAGCUUGAACUCAAACUUUUCUCCAAACUUCAGUGCCGGACUAUCUCCCGCGCUCACUCACGGAGGCCUGGUCACAGCGGGCGGCACCCCUGCGAUGAGCCCAGCCAUGACGCCCAGCAUGCAGCCUGCCUCGGUCCAGACUUACCUGAGCGGCAGAGGUGGAGGCGGAGGAGGAGGUGGAGGUGGUGGUGGAGGCAUGGAGCCCGGGGUCCUUCAGCAGCUCAAACACAUGCAGAUCCGCAAACCCAUACUCAAAUCCUCAUUCUUGGAUCCCAACUUGACCGAGGAUGAGGUUAAUCUGAAGUUUGUGCAGGAUCUGCUUAACUGGGUUGAGGAAAUGCAGGUUCAGCUUGAUCAAGCAGAAUGGGGAUCUGAUCUGCCAAGUGUUGAAUCAAAUUUAGGGAAUCAUAAAGAUUUUCACAAAGCCAUCGAAGAAUUCCAGAUGAGCAUUAAAGAAGCCAAAAUGAGUGAGAUUCAGAUGACCCAGCCGCUGAAGCAGAGUUACUCUGAGAAGCUGAACAAGUUAGAAAGCCAGUACGGGAGGCUGCUGAAAUGCUCCAGUGAGAGGCAGAGACACCUGGAAAGCCUGUAUGAUUUUGUGUCCCGCGCCACUCAGGAGCUGAUCUGGCUCAAUGAGAAGGAGGAAGAGGAAGUGGCUUUUGACUGGAGUGAGCGAAACAGUAACGUUUCAAGGAAGAGAGAUUAUCAUGCAGAUCUCAUGAGAGAACUGGAUGACAAGGAGGAGGUGAUCAAGUCAGUCCAGGCGAAGGCAGAGAGCCUCCUACUGGAGAACCAUCCUGCCAGAUUGACCAUCGAGGCAUAUAGAGCGGCCAUGCAGACUCAGUGGAGCUGGAUCCUGCAGCUGUGUCAAUGUGUGGAGCAACAUCUGAAAGAGAACGUCGUCUACUUUGACUUUUUCAGCGAUGCCAAAGAGUCAUUGGAUUACCUUAAGAGCCUCCAAGACGCCAUCCACAGAAAGUACAGCUGCGACCGAAGCAGCAGUUUACAUCGGCUGGAGGAUCUCAUUCAAGAGUCCAUGGAUGAGAAAGAACAGCUCCUGAAAUACAGCAGCACAGUAGGUGGGUUAGUGGGACGGGCAAAGUCCAUCGUUCAGCUCAAGGCCCGCAACCCAGAGAACCCCAUCAGGACCUCCUUACCGGUCAAAGCCAUCUGUGACUAUCGUCAGAUUGAGAUCACCAUUAGCAAAGAAGAUGAGUGCGUUCUAGUGAGCAAUUCUCACAGGGCAAAAUGGAAAGUGAUCAGUCCAUCUGGAAAUGAGGCCAUGGUACCUUCAGUCUGCUUUAGUGUACCUCCACCCAACAAGGAGGCCAUGGAAAUGGCAAGCAGGAUCGAGCAGCUGUAUCAAAAUGUUCUGGCUCUGUGGCAUCACUCUCAUAUCAACAUGAAGAGCGUUGUGUCUUGGCACUAUUUGAUGACUGACAUCCGCACCAUCCGCAAAAGCACUGUAGCCUCGAUCAAGACCUUACUGCCAGGUGAUCAUGAGCAGGUGCUAAGCAGCCUGCAAUCCCACUUUGAGGAUUUCCUGAGGGACAGCGAUGAAUCUGAGGUUUUUACAGUGGCUGACUGUGCUCAGCUUGAAAAGGAGGUUCUGGCUUGUAGGGAGUACUACGAGGAACUACUUAAAUCUGCAGAGAGAGAAGAACACGAGGAGUCUGUGUACAAUCUCUUCAUAUCUGAGGUGCGUAACUUCCGAAUGCGGGUGGAGGGUCACGAGGAACAGCUUAUCCGCAAAAUACGUACUCCUCUAGACAGAGACGACCUGCAGGAGUGUGUGCUACGCAUCACCGAACAAGAGAAGAAGAAGGUAGAGCUGGAUCGAAUGAAGGAUGACCUGGAGACCCUGAGAGAGAAGUGUGAAGUUUUCCUCAGGCAAGCAGCUGCCACUCCAUCUGUCCCUACUCUUUCCUCCGAGCUCAACAUCCUCACUCAGAGUACGAACCAGGUCUACUCCAUGUGCUGCAUCUACCUGGAGAAGCUGAAGACAGUGAGUUUGGUGGUGAAACACAGUCAGAGUGCCGAAGCUCUGGUAAAGCUUUAUGAAGCUAAGUUAUGUGAAGAGGAUACAAUCAAUGCUAAUAUAAAAUCUAUCGAUGGGGUCAUGAGCACUCUUAAGCAAUGGAGGUCUGAAAUUGAUGAAAAUCGUGAGGUAUUCCAUGACUUGGAGGACGAGCUGCAGAAGGCACGAGUGGUCAGUGAGCGCAUGUUCAAAACACACAAUGAGAGAGACUUUGAUUUGGAUUGGCACAAGGAGAAGGCCGACCAGCUCAAAGAACGAUGGCAAAACAUCCACUCUCAGAUUGAAAACAGGCUCCGGGACCUGGAAGGAAUCAGCAAAUCACUUAAGUACUACAAAGACACGUACAACAGCCUGGAUGAAUGGAGCAAAGAAAUGGAAGCCAAGCAGCUGAAGGCCCAAGAGAAUCAACCUGAGGACAGCAAGGCAUUGGCCGAGUUCCUUAACCAGCAGAAAGUUUUGGUUGCAGAAAUUGAGCAAAAACAAAGCAAAAUUGAGGAAUGCCAGAAGUAUUCAGAGCAUUAUGCAGUUGGAGUGAAAGACUAUGAACUGCAGUUGAUGACUUACAGAGCCAUGGUUGACUCUCAGCAUAAAUCUCCUGUGAAGAGAAGGAAGAUGCAGAGUUCCUCUGAUGCCAUCCAGCAAGAGUUUAUGGACCUUCGUACACGUUACACAGCCCUGGUUACUCUGAUGACACAGUAUGUGAAGUUUGCAGGUGAAACCCUGAAGAGGGCAGAAGAAGAUGAGAGGUCUGUUGAGGAUGAGAAGAAAGAGCAUGGCGAUAAGGUUAACAAGUUGUUAAAUUGGAUGUCCAAUAUGAAAACGAAUCUGAACAAAGAUGGAAAGGCUCAAAGUGAUGGCAAACCCAACACUGAGAGCACUAGUAAGCCCCAGAUGUCACUGGAAGAGAUGGUGACAAAGAAGGAACAAAUUGGAGAAGCAUUGAGAACUACCCAGCUGAUGCUAACCAAGCACAGUGACAAAAUGACUGAAGAAGAAAAGCAAGAAGCAAAAGAACAGCUGAAAUCUCUUCAUCAGGCCUACAGUGAGCUCUCCCAACAGUGUGCAGAUGCAGCAUCCUCAGCCGAUCAGGCACAGCAGGUCAUCCAAGGAAUUCUGGAUGUCGAAAGUGGAGCUGUCAUGUCUGUGUGGUGCUCAGUGGACAAUGGCCUCAUCGACCAGAACACAGGACUUGGUCUUCUAGAGGCCCAGCUUAUAUCUACUGGACUCAUUUGGCCUGAACAGCACCUGUAUAUGGACUUGGAAGAAGCAUUCAAGAACAAACUUGUGGAUGACGCAAUGUGCAAGCAACUGCAGGAAUUGAACCAAGCUAAAAAAUGUCUUCAGAAUCUUCAAUUUGCUUUAGAACCCUUGCCAGUUGUAACAGCCCUAGAAAAUAGGGCUAUAUCUGAGCAAACAGCUAUAAAGAUAAUUGAAAUCCAGCUUGCAACAGGGGGAUUAAGACCAACAUACACUGGUAAUAUUCUACAUCUGGAAAGGGCUUUUCAACUUGGCCUGAUACCCGAAUCACUCUUUAUCCAGAUAUUGGAGAGGAAGGAUACUUGGAAGAACUUGAUUGACCCCAACACUGCAGAAAAAGUCACCCUUAGUCAGCUUAUACAGAGAAGCAUUGUGCACAAGCUGACAGGACUUCUUCUGCUUCCAGUGAAAUGUAGAAAAGAUGGAAAUAUAUCCCUGACAUCUGGGAAAGAGAUUAGCAUAAUGAAAGCCAUGCAUGAGGGUAUAAUUGAUAGAGAGACCAUGUUUCGGUUGCUGAGCACCCAGUUGUUUGCAGGAGGCAUAGUUGACCCUGAAACUGGUCGAAAGCUGACUGUUGAGGAGGCUUUAUCUGAAGGUCUAAUCGAUCAGGACACUGCGACUGAGAUACUGAGCCAUCAGGCUCAAAAUGGUGGCAUUGUUAAUCCUUGCAACAGGUUGAGACUCACAGUCGAUGAGGCUGUUCAGUGCGAUUUAAUAAGCUCCAGCAGUGCAUUGUUAGUUCUGGAGAGACAGAACGCCUUCAUGGGUCUUCUUUGGCCUAACGCUGGUGAAAUUCUCUCAUUCUCCAACUCUCUUCAGCAAAACGUAUUCACAGACAAACUGGAGUCUGAGUUGCUGCGAAACCGACACAAAAUAACAGCCUUGUACAUACCUGAAACCUCAGAAGUAGUUGACAUUGACUCUGCGGUGAAGAAUAAUUUAAUUGAGAAAUUUACAAAAGAGUUGUUAAAGACAAUAGAAAUCCCAGAUGUGUUCCCUGAUAUAGAUGAACUGAAUAACAGGUUUUCAUCCUGGCUGGUAAUGAAGGAGCUUCAAAUCGAUGGAUCUUGUUCAGCCGGUGAAGAAAUCAGUGAUGAAAACAGCACAAAUGCACCAUCUCCCUCUGAGGCAAAGCAGUUAUUUAUUUCCUACAUCAUGAUGAAUAGCUAUAUGGAUCCAAAGUCAGGCCAAAGACUGUUGAUCUUUGAUUGGCAGUUAAAUAAAAUGGCAAAAUUACUCUUUGAAACAGCAGAAUCAGAACAUGUAGACAAGACUAGCAGACUUCAUAUGAAUCUUUCAGAAGAGUGUCAACUGAAUAAUAACAUUUCUGCCGAUUAUAGUGCUUUGGGAGAAUUAAAAAUUUGUGAACCUUUGGAAAGCACAAAAGAAGAAGAGUAUGAAGAGGUGACAACUAGUGCAUUACAAAACUGCCUAAAAUCUACUCUACCAUCUGAAUCUGUUCUAAAUAGCAUAGAAACUAAUCGCAAAUGUGAUAUUUUCCCAGACAGUGUUAAACAUAUGACUGUAAUUGAAACUAACAAACUGUCUAAGGAUUCUACAAGUUCAAAAACAACCAAGUGCCAACCAGAAACAAGUGACAUAGCUUGCCCUCAACAGUCGAAAGCAAUACAGUUACCACAAACAACAACAGAAGAGGAGCAUGAAGUGGUGAAUUCUACAGCAUUACAAAACUGCCUGAAACCUGCUCUGCCCUCUGAAUCUGUUGUAAAUACCAUAGAAACAAAUCGUAAAUGUGAUAUUUUCCUUGGUGAUAUUGAAGAUAUGACUGUAAUUGAAACUAACAAUCUCCCUAAAGACAAGUGCCAAUCAGACAUAAGUGAGCCGUCGAAAGCAGUGCAGUUAUUACAAACAACCUUUUCUAUAGCAGCUACUGCAUCAAGUUUGUGCUCGAUGGAAGUGAAUCCUGAAUGUCAUGAAGCCAAUAAAGAAAAGGAAAGACAUCCAAAAGACUCCACACUAUUGUCCAGUGAAACAACCAGUUAUACAGAAAUGCCCUCUGAACUUUCACAUACAGAGGUUGUGUGGAAUGACAAACUUGAGAGAGAUUAUGCCAUCCAUCUUCUUAGGACACAAUUAGAGGAAGGUGGGAUUUUAGAUGUCACCUCUGGAAAACGAUAUGACCUUGAAACUGCUCUCGGUAAAGGCCUUAUUGAUGAAGGGACUGUCUUGGAAGUAGUAGCACUGCAGCUUCAAGAGGAUGGUUUGAAAGAAAAGGAAAAUUCUACAUUGUCAGUUCUGAACAUUUCUGUCAGUAGAGGCUGCAUCUCAAGUAAGGUAGCCCUACAGAUUAUGGAAAAGCAGAACCUUCUGGGUGGUUUCUAUGAUGCAGCAGCUGGAAAAACCAUUAGCAUUUGUGAUGCUUUAGAGACAGGUCUGAUUACUGAUGAUCUCAGCAGAAGUGUUCUCUCUUUAGAGGCAAUCAGGAAGGCCAUCACUGAUCCAGAGGGAAAGUGUGUGCUCAGUGUAAAUGAUGCUCACCAGUCUGGGAUGUUGGAUGAUGAAGAGGCUGAGAAGAUGCUACAUUCACACCAUGAUGAAAAGGAAGACAUCUUGGUGCCAGACUUUGCAAGAAGAGAUCAGAUAAGUUUGAGAUCAGAUGAAGCCACACAGGUAUCUAGAGACAUAGCAUGUGUGAGUAGUAGUCAGGGGUCUCUGUUACCCACCAUUAUUAACACACCAUCUAAAGGUAUUUCAACAAAAGACAAUAUGCUUGAUAAAGUUGCUGAGACUAAUGCAAUAGGGGAGAAAUAUGAUGAACAAUGUGCUAGUUUUAAGGCUAUAGAUUCCGAAAACGACAUAGUUGCUAUAGAUGAAGGAGAAAGAGGCUUCACUUUCAAAGUAAAUGAGACAGAGAGUCCACAUAACAGCAUGGACACUUUUGUUGGUGAUGAUUUUUGUAAAACUGCAAGUCCUUCACCAUAUGUCAGACAGGUGGCACAUUUUCAGACAACAGCGAGUCAGGUCAUUAGCCCUGUACAGAGUGACUCUGGGAUAUCAUGUUCAUCACAAAGUGAUAUCUGCUCUGAAGAAAGGAAAUCAGAAAGUGUACUUAAUCUUGAACAGGAGUUCAUAUCCAAAGUGGAGUUUGAAACAAAUGCAUAUUUUGACAAAAGGCCUUCUGAGGGCUUAAGUACUUCAAUACCAAUGGCAGAAGAUGUUGUACAAGAUACAAAACUCUCUGAACCACAGUCAAACUCAUCUUUAUGUUGCACAAUUGCUACUAUAGCAGAGGUGAAUUUAAGUACUGACGAUCAGCACUCGUUAGAUCAGAAUUUGCUGAAUGAGAAAGAGGAGAUGUCAUCUCAGACCAAUGUAUCACAUAAUGAUAAAUACUCUAAUAAUGUAAGCGAAAACCUAGAUCAUGAGCAUUCUGUUGAGGAUACAGGUUUAGUUCUGCUUAAUUCAGUGUUUAAUUCUGAAAAUAGAGUGAAGGAGAUGGCUAAAUAUGGGGACAUGACAGAAAUGUUCAGAAAUGCAUCACAAACAGAAGCUGAGCCCAGUGUGGUCUGUGCAGAAAGCAGUGUUGACUGUAAGGUAGAACAGAUUGAUGACAUUGAAAACUCUGUAGGUUUCAAAGGAUCUGAGGACACAUGUAGGCUCAAUGUGAUGAAUUUAGUUGGAUCAAAAGUAAAUUCUGAGCAGUUACCGCUUGAAAUUGUUACUAAUUCUAGUCGAGGUGAUUCAAGUGGAGGUAACCAUAACAUGCAGCACCCAGAUGAGCAGGGCAUCUUUUGUAAUCAUAUAGCUCCAAAGUCCACUACACAAGUGGAGUUGGGCAGAUCAUCUGAAUCAGACUUUACAAGUGACAAUGAUACUCAAGUAAAAGACUUGGUGGAAAUAGAGUCAUCCUCAGGUCAUUGUUUACAGGAUAUAAUUACAGGAUUCAAUGAUUCGCAGUCUGCACCCCAAAUUCCAAAUCCUUUAGUAAUGCUUGAUCAGAAUAGGGAACAAAGUGAAGACAUCUUAAGCCAGUGUCAAGCUGGAGAUACAGUGAUUGCUGAAGGUGUAUACCAAGAUGAUCUUCGGUUACCUCAUGUGGUAGUGAGCAAAGAAGAAUGUUUAGCAAAAUCAAAGGGAGGUGGUGAUUUAAAGUCUUUUUUAAAUGAGUUAAUCCAAAUGAAGAUGGAUGGAGCAAGCAUGGAUGAGACUCAAAAACAAAAAUGCCAAACCAUUGAUAGCAUCAUUGAAAUGAUUCAGCACCACUCUGGAAUCUUACGAACCGAUCAUUCAAACUCAAAUGAGAGAAGCGGGGAUCCUGAUAUCCUCUUGGAUUUGAAAAAGCAUGAGGAUCCAAGCAAAGCUCAGGAAUGGCCAUCUGAUGAAAGUCAUGAUGAACCAAAGCACCAAACUGAUUUACUGGAGAUGGUUCAGGGGAUCUCCAUAAACAGAGAUCAAGGAAUGCUCAAGGAAGUGGAUGCAAAGCCAAGCAUCCCUUUGGGAGUCACUGCCCUCAGAGAAGAAAGCAUGGAAGUUAAAAGCAUUGCUGUUCCAACCAUAGAUGAUGCUGCUGCAGAUGAUGUCUUCCAGCCAACUGACUCUAACCACCUGGUCUCUAUGGCAGAGGAUCCAUAUAUACAGCAAACAGACAUAGUCAAACCUAGAAGAUAUUCCACCCAGAAUUACUUGGAAUGUGUUGGGAGGCUUCAGGAUCAUUGUGAUACGCUUGAAGAUAUAAGAAGUGACUUGCAGACCAAGGGUCCAUUAGCAGAAGACAUUGAAGGGUUGCAUUGUCAGUUAGAGGAAGUUCAGUCUCUGGAUGCACAGAUUGCUGCUCUCCCUGACUUGCUUACAGCAGAUUUGAAUGUAGCAGAGCAACUUCUGAAUUCUGCUGAUGAACUCGUCCCCACGCAAAUCCACAAAGAUUUGGCCACAGUAUAUGUAGAUUUACAGAAUGCUUUCACAGAUGUUUGCCACUUGUCAGCUGAGCGAAAUAAUGCUAUUCUCCUAGCUAUUGACACAGUAAAGAUCAAUUUGGAAACCUUGUAUCAGGACUUACUAAGCUGUCUUGAGAAGGUCUCAGCUUGUAUGCAAGAUAAUUCUGAGAUGGCAUCUAAGCUUGAUAUCAAGGAUGCUGACAACAUAGGAAUAAUUAAUAACAAAAUUCAGCAAAAUAAGGACAUAGAGAAAGACUUAUCAGGAACUCGGCAGCUCCUGGAAGAUGCUGCUUUUGAUAUCCAAAACUUCAUUUCUGAGCAUGCACAGUUCCUGAGUCCCACUCACAGCAGACACCUUCUAAGGGCUCUCAGUACCACUCAGAGAUCCUUCAAAGAGCUCAUGGACAGAGUCUUCACUCAGAGACAAACUCUAGAGGAUGAGUUGGAGAUUCGUGAGCAUGAAACUCAGCAGCAGGUUGCUUUGGAGAAGCAGAGGGAGUUUUCAGAAAAGCUGCAGGAGCUGUUUGAUGAUUUGACACAGACAGAAAACCGCCUCAUUGGACACCAGCAGCAGGCUGCCAGUGCAAAGACAGUGGGAGACCUCCAGCAAUACCAACAAGAGCAUCAGGCUCUACAGAAAGACCUCCAGGCUAAUGCUAGUGCGCUCAAUGAAGUCAUCAGUAGCACAAAGAAGUUUCUGGAGGAGAAUCGCAGUAAACUCACACCAGAGCAGAUAUUGGCUCUUGAGAACAAACUGACGGAAUUAAAGAGCAAAGCGAAUAUGCUUAACCAGAAAGCAGAAGAGUCAAAGAAUGAUCUAGAGAAGGUUCUGACCAGCGCUAUCAAGCAGGAGACUGAGAAGGAGGUAGCUGUUGAACAACUCGAAGAGAGUAAAAAUAAAAUUGAGGGUCUUCUAGGCUGGAUCUCCAACAUUGGGAAAGAGAAAGAAAUGGGUGGAAUACAAAAGGACCAGAUGGUUAAACAGAAUGGAAACAUGCCUGAGUACACAUCAAUGAAGAAAAUCAUCGGAAAAGAUGAUCCUAAUGGAAAUGCAUUAGAUACUACAGAUAACACAAGUCUACAUGCUGGCGAAAAACAAGACGGUAAAGACCUGGAUCUGGACCAGCAGUUUAACAAGAUUCAAGCCCACCACCAGGAGAUCUUAUCCCAGCAGCAGGAUUUAAUCAUUGCCACACAGUCAGCACAAACCUUACUUGACAAACAGGCUCAGGUCCUGUCACCGGCUGAAAAAGACAAGUUACAGAGGGACAUUAAAGAGCUGAAGGGUCGCUACGAGGCCUCUCUCACACAGGCUGAACAGCAGAUGAAGCAGGUCCAGGCUGUCCAGGAGGAGCUUCAGAAGUUCAAGGGGGACUGUGAGGAGUUUGAGAUGUGGCUACAGCAGGCCCAAGGACAGAUGGAGGAGCUUGGUGUACCAGCUGCUGGUCUAGACACACUGAGCAACAAUCUACAGAGACAGAAGAGUUUCUCUGAAGACGUCAUCUCUCAUAAAGGAGACCUGCGCUUCAUAACCAUCUCGGGUCAGAAGGUGCUGGACGCAGCGAAGGCCUGCGAUCGCAGUGAAUCGGAAGGCCUGCCGAUGGUUGAUAUGUCCGGGACUUGUGCUGCAGUGAAAGAAAGGCUGGACUCUGCUGCUGGUUGCUACAAAACCUUGCAUACGCAGUGUAAUCAACUUGGAAACAACCUGAAAGACGUGGUGCAAAAGUACAAGAAGUAUGAAGAUGCCAGUGGUGCUCUGGUGAAGUGGCUGAAUGUCUCUGAGGAACAAUCCAGAAGGCAGCAGUCAGAGCCUAUUGCUGGAGAUCCUCAAACCUUACAGAGACAGCUGGAGGAGACCAAGAAUCUUCAAGGACAAACCACGUCCCAUCAGGCUGCGGUGGAUACACUGAAGAAAACAGCUGAUGCCUUGAUCAGCACAGAGGGAGACCUGCUGUCCAAUCCUGAGGAGAUUCAGGAGACAGUGGAUGACAUCAUAGAGCGAUUCGACAACCUGUCGAAGUCAGUGAAUGACCGAAAUGAGAAGCUGCAGGUGACUCUGACGCGCUCCCUGAGUGUGCAGGACGGCCUGGACGAGAUGAUGUCCUGGAUGGAGAAGGUGGAAGAGAGUGUAAAGGAGACACCUAAAAUGCCGCUGGACUCCAGCUCCAUUGCAGAUGCACUUAGCAAGGAGGCAGCUCUGGAGCAGGACAUAUCCAUCAGGCAGAGCAGCAUCUUGGCCAUGAAGGCAAAGGUGAAUAAGUUUGUGGAGAAUGCUGAGCCAGCCACUGCUGCCCUGCUCCAAACUAAGAUGGAGGGCUUGUGCCAGCGAUUUACUGACUCCUCUGAGCGGCACAAGCAUAAGGUGGCUCAUCUGGAGCAGCUCAGAGCCAAGGUUGAGCAGUUUGAGAAGACAUCUGAGAAGGUGCGUCAGUUUGUGCUGAAGAGCUCACAGGCUCUGUCCGAGACAGAUGGGCCGGGAAAGAACAUCACGGAACUCUCACAGCUCCUCCAGGACACAAAUGCAGAGUUAGUCGAACAUGCAAAGGACGUGGCAACACUCCAGAAACUGACUGAGGAACUCUGCAAGCUGGGUCCAGAGGGAAGUGCAGCUCUUCUUCAGAGCAAAAUGCAGAACAUCUCAGACAGCUUUAAUGCUUUUAAGGAGACAAUUACUGAUAAAAAAGAUGAGGUUUCAUCUUGCCAGAAGCAGCUGCAGGAGUUCAAAGCUGCCGCAGGGGUGUUAAUGAAAUGGCUGGAGGAGACAAAAGAGCAAGUGCCAGUGCUUCGGCCCAACUGCAGUGAACAGGGCCUGGGAACAGACCUGCAGAGAGUCAAUGGCUUACUGGACGAAUGGACUUCCAAAUCUCUUGCAGUCCAGGAUAUAAAUAGCAAAGGAUCUGCUCUAUGUAGCCUAAUCAGUGUUUUGACAUCACCAGCCAAAGCCAAGAUACAUCACGACUCGGGAUCAGCUGUCAGUAACGGUUCUGGUCCGGGCAGCCAUUCCUAUCUGACAAAUCAAGAGUUGAUGCUGGUACAGCAGAACAUGUCCUUCGUCAACAAUGAUUAUGAGCAUCUGGGGGAGCUCCUGAAGUCCAGGUCCUCUGAGCUCAGCGCUUUGUUGAAAAGAGUUCAAGGCGUCCAUGAUCAGGCUGAGUCUUUAUGUCAGUGGAUGGAAGACACAAAGAAGACGGCAGCAUCAAGUAACCAUCCAUCUGGGAAAGAUGCAGUAAAAUCACAAAUAGAGCAACAGAAGGUUUUUGAAGAUAAUAUGAAACAAAAGCAAGUGCAGCUCCAGCAGCUCAGGGAGAAUCUGCUCCGUUUAAUCGAGGAACACCCUGAUUCACCCGAGGCAGAAAAGUGGAAGCAUAUGCUGGCACAGAUAGAUGCAGGAUGGGAGGAGGUCAAGGGCACAAUGGAGAUCCGGAAACAGCACCUGGAGGAGUCGUCUCGUAUGCUGGAGCUCUUCCAGACGACCCAACCGCAGCUCUCGCAGUGGCUCCAGGAGAAAGAGCUGAUGAUGGGCGUCCUGGGGCCUUUGUCUGUGGACCCAAACAUGCUUAAAACACAAAAGCAGCAAGUCCAGAUUCUCCUCAAGGAGUUUGACAGCCGUAAGCCUCAGUAUGAGAAGUUAACUGAGGCCGCCACAGCAAUUGCCAGUGCGUCAGAGCAGCAGGAUCCUGCUGUAGAGCAGGUUAAAGAACAGCUGGCAUCUAUUUCCCAGAAGUGGCAGGCCCUGACAGGUCAGCUGUCUCAGAGACAUGCUCUCAUUGAGCAGGCUGUCGGUAAGACCACUCAAUUCCAGGAGCUCUUGCAAAGCCUCAGUAAAAGUGCCACUUGCCUGGAGACUGAACUUAAUAACCAGCAGGCUCUCAGCACCCAACCUGAUGAAGUCAAAAAGCAGAUUGAAGCCACUAAUGCUAUUCUGGCUCAGCUACGAGAGGAGAAGAAGAGGCUAAAGGAGGCAGAAAGCGUCUGUUCUGAGCUCUGUGCCAUGGUGACUGAAGAGUAUCUCAGAGCAGACUUGACAAAACAGCUUGAGGGCAUAACUAAACCAUUUAGACAACUUGAGGACAAAGCAGGAAAGCGGAUUGAGCAGCUCAACUCAGCCUUCGCCAGCUCCCAGCAGUUCCAUCAGACAUCAAAGGACUUCCAAGCCUGGCUGAAUCAGACUCUGCAGGAGCAGUGUAAGCCACAGUCCAUCUCUGCUAAUGAAGAGAAGUUAAAACAGAGUCUCACAGAGAACAGUGCUGUCCAAAAGGCCAUUAGUGAGCAUGAAGAACCUUAUAACACCAUCAUUAAAGAGGGAGAAGCUCUCCUCCAGAGCACAGAGGGAGCAGAAAAGGUGGCCCUUCAGGGACAGCUCUCUGCUCUAAGGUCCAACUGGGAUGAUGUGAAAAAAAGUAAUGCUGAACAAGCAGAAAAGCUUCAGGGUGCCUUGCAGAGGGCACUGAAGUAUAAGGAACAUUCUGAAAAACUGAGCUCAUGGUUGCAAGAGUGUGAAGACAGGGAGAAGAACGUGAAGCUCAGCGUGAACUCGGUGGAGAUCGAGGGCUCCCUCUCACAGUUGAAGGCCAUCCAGAAAGAUGUUGACAAGCACAGAGGGCAAGUUGUGAUGAUGAACACGUCUGCAGACAGCCUCCUGGAGGUAGCCACAUCAGAUGGCGAUUGGGUUAUGGAGGAGAAAGCAAACAUUGGUAAAAGAGUGGAUAAGCUGACAGAAGAUUUAACGCUCAAAAGAGAAUCAUUAGAAAAUAUAUCACAGAAGCUGAAAGAGUUCAGUGACUUACAGAAGGAAGCCAAAGGCCAGCUGGAGGCUGCCAGGAAACAGCUUGAUUCUCACUCUGCUUUGGGUGUCCAGGCCUACAGUAACAAGAACCUGACCAACAUGAAGGCUCAGCAAAACAGCUUAGAAGGUGCCCUCAACCAGAUUGAGCAUCUCAAAGACUUGGCAAAAAGUCUUGUGGUGAAUGCCUCUGAGGUUGAAGGUGUGACAGACCUUCUUCUUCAGGCAGAUAGCUUGGAAAAAGACCACGUGUCAAUUACCAAAAAGGUUGAGGAUGCUUGCUCCACCUUGGAGAACAAACUCCAGGGCAUUGGACAAUUCCAGAACAGCAUUCGUGAAAUGUUUGCAAACUUCACAGACCUGGACGAUGAGUUAGAUGGUAUGGCGCCCAUAGGCAGGGAUCUUGACACCUUACAGGAUCAGCAAAGUACCAUCAAAGACUUUGUUGCUAAACUUCAGGAUCUGAUGACCAACACGGCCAAUGGCAGAGACAGUUGCAAGAAGAUGCUAGAGUCAGAGGCCUCACCAGAUCUCCUGGGUCUGAAGAGAGACUUGGAAACCCUGGGCAAGCAGUGUGGAAAGCUGAUGGACCGAGCCACGGCUAGAAGACAACAAGUUGAGGAGACCCUCAGUCAUCUAGAGGAGUUCUACGGCAAGGCUCAAGAGUUUACCAACAAACUGAGCAGUGCUGAAAAACAAGAGGAGUCCCAAGGGUCUGUUGGAUUGGAAACAGAAGUCAUUAACCAACAACUGGAGGUCUUCAAGGUUUUCCAAAAGGACGUCAUUGAGUCACUGCAAAGCCAGUUGCAGGAGUUGAACACUCUGGGCCAGGCACUGAUCCAAAAUGCCGCCAAAGGCACCAGCACCAAAAAACUUGAUCAGGAUCUAGAGGAGGUCAACACCAGAUGGAACACCCUCAACAAAAAAGUUGCCGAACGAUCCGCACAGCUUCAUGAAGCCCUGCUGCACUGUGGCAGGUUCCAGGAUGCACUGGAGUCCCUUCUCAGCUGGCUCACGGACACAGAGGAGCUGGUGGCUAAUCAGAAGCCUCCAUCGGCAGAAUUCAAAGUGGUGAAAGCACAGAUACAGGAACAGAAGCUUCUGCAGAGACUGCUGGAUGACCGGAGAGCUACGGUGGAGCUGAUUAAGACGGAGGGACGGAAGGUGACCGACUUAGCUGAUACUGUUGAUAAGGAGAAGAUUGCGAGAGAGAUUGAAUGCUUGGGGCAAAGGUGGGACGACCUACUUAGGAAAGCUGAGAACAGACAAAAGCAGUUGGAGAAUAUUUUGGUGGUGGCACAACAAUUCCAUGAGACCCUUGAGCCUUUGAUCGAGUGGCUGACAGCUACCGAAAAAAGGCUGGCCAACUCAGAACCCAUCGGCACUCAGACAUCCAAGUUGGAGGAGCAAAUUUCCCAGCAUAAGGCUUUAGAGGAGGAGGUUUUGGGCCGUGGUAAGAUCUUGUAUCAGGCCAUGAGUCUGGGCCAGUCUCUACGGACGGUUAGCUGUGUGGAUGACAAGGAGCUGGUGCAGGCAAAGCUCGACAACACACAAAGCAGCUAUAUGGAGCUGCAGGACCAUUGCAGCCAGAAGGCCGAGUUAUUACAACAGGCCCUGGCUAAUGCGCAGCUCUUUGGGGAGGACGAGGUGGCCCUAAUGACCUGGCUCGAUGAGGUGCACGGCAAACUGAGCGAAGUCUCAAUUCAAGACUACACGACGUCCGUGCUCACUAAACAGCAUGCUGAGCAGCUGGCUCUUCAUGAAGACAUUGAGUUCAGGAAACAAAAUAUUGAACAAGCCAUUUUAAAUGGUUUAGAAUUGCUGAAACAGACCACAGGCGAUGAGGUUGUUGUCAUCCAAGGUAAACUAGAUGGGAUAAAGACGAGGUAUUCAGAGAUCAACACAAUGAGCAACAAUGUUUCAAAGACUCUGGACAAAGCCCUGUCUCUUGCCACAAAACUGCAAAACACACAUGAGGAGCUGAACUCCUGGCUGGAGAAAGUAGAGUCUGAACUGGCCAUGUUUAAAGCACAAGAGCCGGUCGGAGAGCAGCUCACUUGCUUACAAGAGAGGCAGAAAACACUGAUGAAGGAGGUUAAGGAUCAGAAGCCACUGGUAGACUCCCUUAAUGAAGUAAGCAGCGCUCUGCUGGAGCUUGUUCCAUGGCGAGCAAGAGAAGGCUUGGACAGGAUGGUCACAGAUGACAACGAGCGCUACAGAGCGGCCAGCGAUGCCAUUACACAGCAUGUAGACCAGACUGGAGCUGCCAUCUUAAAAUCCCAGCAGUUUGAGCAGGCAGCCAUGACUGAGCUUGAGUGGCUGAAGGAGGCAGAGAAGAAGUUGUCUUGCCUUGGAGAUGUCAGGCUUGAGCCAGAGCAAACCACAGUGCAACUGCAGGCUCAGAAGAGCUUCUCUAUGGACAUUAUGAGACAUAAAGAUGCCGUGGAUGACAUUGUGAAAACCGGUGAGGCCAUUAUGAACAACAAAGAUGAAGCAGAGAAGCAGGCGUUGAGGGUGAAGCUCCAGGCAUUGUCAGAGAAAUACAGUGUGGUUAGUCAGCUGAAUUCAGAGCGCUGUCUGCAGCUGGAGAGAGCUCAUUCUCUAGCUUGCCAGUUCUGGGAGACAUACGAUGAACUCUGGCCAUGGCUGCAGGAGACCAGGACUACCUUCACUCAGCUGUCCCAGCCAGCUAUCGAGUAUGAAGCACUUCGACAACAACAAGAAGAGCUGAGGCAAAUGAGGGAGCUGAUAGCAGAGCACAAGCCACACAUUGACAAGAUGAAUAAAACUGGACCUCAGCUGGUGGAGUUGAGUCCGACUGAGGGCGACCCUAUCAGAGAAAAAUAUGAGGCUGCAGACAAACUCUACAGCCAGCUUAAAGUGGACGUCAAGUACAGAGCUGCUGCCCUGGAUGAGGCUAUCUCCAAAUCUACUCAGUUCCACGAUAAAAUAGAUCCCAUGCUGGAGUCUCUGGAGCGCAUCGCCGAACGCCUGCGCCAGCCUCCAUCUAUCUCUGUGGAGCUGGAGAAGAUCCGUGAGCAGAUAUCAGAGAACAAAGCUGUGAAUGUAGACCUGGAAAAACUUCAGCCAUCAUAUGAGACCCUCAAGCAGCGAGGAGAGGAGAUGAUUGCUCGCUCCGAAGGAGCAGACAAGGACCUUUCAGCCAAAGCUGUUCAGGAUAAGCUGGACCAGAUGGUGUUUCUAUGGAAUGACAUCCAAGCUCUUCUGGAGGAAAAAGAGGCCAAGCUACUGGAUGUUAUGGACUUAGCAGAGAAAUUCUGGUGUGAUCACUGCGCUCUCAUCGUCACAAUCAAAGACACUCUUGAUCUGCUGAAAGAGCAGGAGGAGCCUGGAGUCGAUCCUUCAGUGGUUAAACAACAGCAAGAGUCUGUGGAGGCCUUUAGAGAAGAGAUCGACGGGCUGCAGGAGGAACUAAAUGUGGUCCAGAAUCUAGGGGCAGAGCUCAUGGCAGUGUGUGGAGAACCUGAUAAACCAGUGAUCAAGAAAAGUAUAGAUGAGGUGAACUCGGCUUGGGAAACUCUGAAUAAGACAUGGAAAGAGAGAGUAGAGACUCUGGAGGAAGCUAUGCAGGCUGCGGUGCAGUUCCAGGACAGUCUCCAGAACAUGUUUGACUCUGUGGAUAUUAUGGAAGGCAAACUGGAUUCGAUGUCGCCUGUGGGCACGGACCUGGAGACUGUGAAACAGCAGAUCGAGGAGCUGAAGGAGUUUAAAGGUGAUGCAUACCAGCUACAGAUAGAGAUGGAAAGGCUGAACCAUCAGGCCGGGCUGCUGCUGAAGAAGGUCAUGGAGGAAGCUGAUCGCUCUCCCAUCCUCGAGCCAAUGAAUGAGCUAAAAAUGCUCUGGGACAACCUGGAUAAAAAGAUUAUCAACAGACAGCACAAGUUGGAGGGAGCGCUGUUGGCUCUAGGGCAGUUCCAGCAUGCUUUAGAUGAACUUCUGGCUUGGCUCACUCAUACCGAAGAGCUGCUGAGUGAACAGAGGAAGGCCUGCGGCGACCCCAAAGCCAUUGAGAUUGAGCUUGCAAAGCAUCACGUGUUGCAGAAUGAUGUGCUGGCCCAUAAGACCACAGUGGAGGCAGUGAACAAGGCCGGCAGUGACCUCAUUGAUUCCAGUGCUGGAGAGGAGGCGCGAGGUCUGCAGAACAAGCUGGAGAACCUCAACCAGCGCUGGAAGACUAUCCUGGAGAAGACCGAGCAGAGAAGACAGCUUCUGGACAGUGCCCUGCUGCAGGCUCAAGGUUUCCAUGGUGAGAUUGAAGACAUGCAGCAGUGGCUGAAAGACACAGAGCGUCAGCUGUUAGCAUCAAAGGCCCUUGGAGGCUUACCAGACACGGCCCGAGAGCAGCUUAACACCCAUCUGGAGGUCUGCAGUACACUGGAAGCCAAGGACGAAAUAUACAAGCAGCUUCUUGCCCGAGGCCAGCAAAUUUUGGCAAUGACCCCUGAGGGUCAAGACAGCACCACUGAACUGGACCUACACAACCUGCAGGAGAAGUGGGAAUGUGUUCAGGCCAAAGUGACAGAGAGGAAGGCAAAACUGGAGGAGGCCCUGGCGAUGGCCACAGACUUCCAUAACUCACUGCAGGAUUUCAUUAACUGGCUGACCCAGGCAGAACAGACCCUUACUAUGGCUUCACCUGCCUCCCUCAUCCUGGAGACCAUCAUGUUCCAAAUAGAUGAGCAUAAGGUGUUUGUGACUGAGGUCAACUCACAUCGGGAUCAGAUCAUCGAGCUGGAUAAGACAGGAACACACCUCAAGUACUUCAGUCAGAAACAGGAUGUGGUGUUGAUCAAGAACCUCCUGCUGAGCGUUCAAGGCCGCUGGGAGAAGGUCGUGCAGCGGUCAGUGGAGAGAGGACGCCUGCUGGACGAUGCCAGGAAACGUGCCAAACAGUUCCACGAGUCCUGGAACAAACUGAUGGAGUGGCUGGAGGAGUCAGAGAGAGUUCUGGACUCCGAGCUGGAGAUCGCUAAUGAUCCAGACAAGAUCAAGACGCAGUUAACCCAGCACAAGGAGUUCCAGAAAGCUCUGGGCAGCAAGCAUUCGGUGUACGACACCACCAGUCGCACGGGCCGAGCUCUGAAGGACAAGACCUCCUUGCAAGAUGACAACCAGAAACUGGACGACAUGCUCAGUGAGCUCAGGGACAAAUGGGACACAGUCUGCGGGAAAUCUGUGGAGAGGCAGAAUAAGUUGGAGGAGGCUCUGCUGUUCUCAGGUCAGUUCACAGACGCAUUGCAGGCUCUCAUCGACUGGCUCUAUAAAGUGGAACCACAGCUAGCUGAAGACCAGCCCGUGCAUGGAGACAUAGACCUCGUCCUGAACCUCAUCGACAGCCAUAAGGUGUUCCAGAAGGAGUUGGGCAAAAGGACUGGCAGCGUGCAGGCUUUGAAGCGCUCGGCCCGUGAGCUUAUUGAGAGCAGCCACGAUGAUUCGUCCUGGGUCAAAGUUCAGAUGCAAGAGCUGAGCACACGCUGGGAGACGGUCUGCAGCCUCUCUGUGUCCAAACAGACACGGCUCGAGCAGGCACUCUGUCAGGCUGAGGAGUUCCACUCCACUGUUCAUAUCUUACUGGAGUGGCUUGCCGAGGCCGAGCAGAGCCUUCGUUUCCACGGUGCCCUGCCUGAAGAUGAAGAAGCCCUCCGUGCUCUCAUUGAACAGCACAAGGAGUUUAUGAAGAAGCUGGAGGAGAAGCGACUAGCCUUGAAUAAAGCCACAAGCAUGGGAGAAGCCAUCCUGUCCAUCUGCCACCCAGACUCCAUCACCACCAUCAAACACUGGAACACCAUCAUUAAAGCACGCUUUGAGGAGGUAACAGCCUGGGCCCGACAGCACCAGCAGAGACUCUCCAGUGCUCUGGCUGAACUGCUGGCCACUCAAGAACUGCUGGAGAACCUGCUGAACUGGCUGCAGUGGGCUGAAACCACGCUUGGUGAGAAAGACAAGGAAUCCCUUCCUCAAGAGUUAGAGGAAGUCAAAACGCUCAUCGCUGAGCACCAGGCAUUUAUGGAAGAGAUGACCAGAAAACAGCCAGAUGUGGACAAAAUCACAAAAACUCAUAAGAGAAAAGCCACAGCAGAUCCUCCAGUUCAGUCUCAAAUCCCAGUUUUAGAGAAAGGACGGACAGCCAGAAAGAGAUCUCCUACACAGUCCAUGUACACCGCAGCAUCACAGGCACAAAUCGAGACCAAGAACCCCAGAGUGAACCUGCUGGUUAGUAAGUGGCAGCAGGUAUGGCUGCUAGCACUGGACCGGAGGAGGAAGCUCAACGAUGCUCUGGACAGACUAGAGGAGCUGAAAGAGUUUGCUAACUUCGACUUUGACGUAUGGAGGAAGCGCUACAUGCGCUGGAUGAACCACAAGAAAUCACGCGUCAUGGACUUCUUCCGUCGCAUCGAUAAAGACCAGGAUGGCAAAGUCACGAGGCAGGAAUUCAUCGAUGGCAUCCUGUCUUCAAAGUUCCCCACCAGUCGUCUGGAGAUGAGUGCCGUUGCAGACAUCUUUGAUCGGGACGGCGACGGCUACAUCGACUACUAUGAGUUUGUGGCUGCUCUACAUCCCAACAAAGAUGCUUACAAACCAUUAACCGAUGCUGACAAAAUUGAAGAUGAGGUGACUCGCCAAGUUGCAAAGUGCAAGUGUCCGAAACGGUUCCAAGUAGAGCAGAUUGGAGCCAACAAAUAUCGGUUCUACCUUGGAAAUCAGUUUGGUCUCGUUCACUGCUUACAUGACCCCUUAAUCGCCGACGAGAAUAUAACAAACAGGGACAGUCAAAAUCUAACCCCCCAUCUACACGUUGCCGUUUUGGAAAGCUGUAUCCUGUUUGGAGAUUCGCAGCAGCUGCGGCUGGUGCGGAUCCUGCGCAGUACGGUGAUGGUGCGAGUCGGUGGUGGUUGGAUGGCCCUGGAUGAGUUCCUGGUGAAAAAUGACCCAUGCAGAGUUCACCACCACGGGAGCAAAAUGUUGCGCUCGGAAUCAAAUUCUUCAAUUACUCAGUCUCCUAUAGGUUGGCAACUCUCACACUUUCUCUCCUUGCUCCAUCCCAGUGCUAAGGGCAGAACCAACGUGGAGCUGCGCGAGAAGUUUAUUCUCCCAGAAGGCACCACCCAGGUGAUGGCCAGUUUCCGCUACAGAGGUCGAAGGUCACGGCCGUCCUCAAGAGGUGCCUCCCCUAACAGAUCCAACUCUAGCCACAGCUGCCCCGCACAACCCAACCCGCCUGGUUCCAACACACCCAAGACACCCCAACAUUUAACCCGCAAUUAUGAUAAACCCUGGUUGACAAACAGCAAAUCAGCUACUCCUCUUAAAUCAUCUGACUCCUUUGACAGCCAAGGGUCAUCCAAUGAGAGCACCCCUAUUCAGGGCAGCAAGCUACGUCUUCCAGGCUAUUUGUCAGGAAAAGGCUUUCAGUCGGGAGAGGAUGGAUCCUUGAUAAACGCUGCAGUCAUGAAGGCCAGAGGUCAAGCCAUGGGGUUGAGUAAGAUCUCAAGCAGGCCUGGUAGCAAAGCAGGAAGCCGAGGGAGCAGUCGCCGUGGCAGCGACGCCUCAGACUUCGAUAUUUCAGACAUCCAGUCGGUUUGCUCAGACAUGUCGGAGACGGUGACAGACUCAGGGCGACCGACGCCACGCUCAGCCUCACGCCAACACGGAGGCAAACCCUCCAAAAUCCCAACUCCCCAACGGAGGAGCACCCCUACUAGCAAACUGGCUAAACCCACCAAGAGAUAGUCAAAAGUCCAGUGGGCAGAAACGGCCACGUUCCAGGCCUCUGUUCUGACAGCACUGGGUUAGCGCACACUAAACCGAGACUGGACAGAAGUAGAUUGACACUAAAGACUGCAAAGUGUUUUCGUUUUUAAAAAGCGUAGCAAGAUGUAAAUUAUUCUGUUGUGAACGUGAAAAAGGAAGUUGUGUGUGGGAUUGUGUGUGUGUGUGUGUUGAAUGCGAUGGCUUUGUGUAUUUGUCCUGUACUUUACGUGAAUGUUGCGUCAAUAAUAUUUUGUUUGAUCGCUGGGAAAGGUCAGCGAACACAAGAAGACUGUAUGUUGUUAGGUAAACUAACUCUUUUCCACAUGUUCGCGUUGAGGGAGAAGCUGAAUGUACAGUCGUUUCCUCCAGCGGACAUGCUUGUUGGCGAUUAUAUGCCCUUGUAUUCUGCCAGGACACCACAAUUAUUUAUUCAUCUAUUUAAAGUGCAAUGACAAGCUGCUGUUAUGCAUUUAAAGGGCAAUACGAUACCACUGCUACACUACAACUGUAACCCCUGCUAUCAUACACUACAGUUAAUCCUGAUCAUGGCCUUUAAACUUACAUAUUAAACAACCGUCUGUAGCACCCUCAGUAAUGUUAGUUUCUAUCAAAUCACAGAUCGCGUGCCACCUUACUGUGACUAGAACCUUCUGACUAAAAACAUUCAUAAGUGCAAUCAUGCCUGUGUACUCUAUGGUUCCUUUUUGCCUGAGUGAUGCAAAUUACUCAACUUUUUGUAAUAAAUAUGCUUGCAGAAAGCUGAACAAUA